AAGCUAAACCAGGAAGGAAGUUGCCACCUCUGUACUAGAUGGGAGUGCUUCAGUGGCAUGUGCUUGAUUCUGAAAAAAUCAGAACUCUUCAGGUUAGCACUAGGAGUACUCACCAUGUUUAUUUUAUGUUUACCUGAGUUUUUCAAAGUCCAUGAAGCUAACACUGUAGUUGUAUCGUGCAUGGAUACCUGCUCAUUAAUUAACAUCACCUUUCCACUUUGUACUUUUAAUAAUUCUUGCAAAAGAUCGCUGCAACAAAAAAGAGAAAAUCAGAUUGUCUUACUGAAGACCAUUGUAAAUCAUUCAGCUUUCCAAAAUAUUCCAUGUAUUUGCCUGUCCUCUAAUAGUGAACAACAGUCAAAUACUAAGUACUCAGAGUCUGAAUCCGGCAGAGAUGUGAAUGUUUAUCAUCAAGAAUCAAGACCAAUAGAUAAAAAAAUUCCUAUAGCAAAAGUCUCAUCUGAAGUGAACAUGGAAGAUGCUAUUUCUUUUUAUAAAUAUUUUAAUUUCACCAUGCUUCAUGCAAAUGAAGAAGUAGAGCAUAGUACCUACUAUAUUCUGGAAAUCCACAUCAACAACUCCAUGGUCAGAGGAAGAAGUGCAGCUGAAGAAUAUCUAAAUCACUCUUGUCUCAUGGCUAUGAUCAAUGACCAAAAUGGCUGUAUGAAUAUUUCACUGCAACUGAAGUCUUAUGUGGAAUAUCCAAUGUGUAUGACGAAGAUCAUUUGGCUCAGUAUGAUUCCAGUUGUUAUUGUCUUGACUGUUUCAGUUGUCAUCUACAAAAUAGUCCAAGAAAAUGGCCAAAACUAUUGUAAGCGCAGAGGAGCAGCAACAGUUUCUACUGAUCAAGGGAAAAGUGGUUCCAGACAUGAUAUAAGAACCAUUUCUGCUACUAAAGUUCAUCUAUUUCCUGCGAAGACCAACGGACAACUGAUUCCACUUACUGCACAGGCCAUAAAGAUACUGCCCAUAAUUCCUGAACAAGAGCACUGUCAUCUGAGUACAUCAAGUAUUCAAGGUGGUACCCUAUGAAAUACAAUUUCUAUUGCAUGAAAGAAAGAAACAAUACACCGCAGAAGACAGCAUCUCUAUUUCCAGUUUGGGCACUCUGUUAUUCAUUUUUUUAGGAGAAUGCCAGCUGUGCAGUUUAGUUGAGAAGCUUCAUUUUAUCUAAGAGAACUACUUGGUAUUAAGAAAAUAUGAAUAAUGGACAAACACACUUUGCUUUAGAAUCAACUUCAGUAGUAAAUUAUGGAUUCCCAUCUAUUUUCUGUUCGUUCAAGAUUUAUGCUUAAUCAUAAGGUCCUGAAAUAAUCCAUACAAUAAUUUAUUUUUCUAACUGGGAGGAAAUUUAUAUUCUCCAUAGAAUAAAAUACUGAUAAAAGAUAGAAAUCAACCUAUGUUUUCCUGAAAUGAGUAUAGUUUUCAGCUUUUUUAAAUCUCCUGGUGACUGAGAUGUGUAAGAAAGAUCAUUUCUUGCUGUUGAGGAAGAUGGCCAACAGAAUGCAGAAGGAGAGAGUUCUGCAGUACAUUUUAAUUUCUGCAGCAACCUAGGAAGACAUUCAUAAAUUUUGCAACAUCUCAGGGGAUAAAGAAAAAAACGUGGAAAAUUUGUACAUUUGGCUUAAAUCCACUAAAUCAUUAUUAUUGUUUUAUUUUCUAAGCCAUUAAGAUGCCAAAUGGGUUUUGUACUUUUUGAAAAACUGCAUUUCUAUUUUUUGGAUUAGCUUAGGUCAUUAGUAUUCAAACUCAUUAUCUCCUGGAACUUUUCCUUACUUUCCAUUUAUUACUGCUCCUCUGAGCAUAGUGGAGCUGUUUGGGCUGAGCAGGGUCCCAAAGUCAUUCGGCUCUAACACGUUAUUUGUGCGUAUAAUCUAACCAUAAAUUAGUAGGCAGAGACAGAAAUUGCAGAGCUAGGGCUUCAGACUCCCUUGUGCUAAAUCCAUCAGGAUGAACAGAUUGUAAACUGCCCAUUGCAAAUAUGAUAUGCAGCAAUUUAGCGUCACGUUAAUACUUCAUAACCUCCAUCCCUUACAUUUAUAUAGCUUUUCUCUCCUGAAGCUUUCUGAAAUUGCUUCUCCAGCCACUGCACUGCAUGAUGCAGUUCAGAUUUAAUAGGAAUAGUUGUGAACAUUAGCUUCAGAAUAAUGUGAGCCCAUAUGAUUUUUUUUAAGUUUAGUUGUACAAAACUGUAGCAUUUGUUUCUGUUGUUUGUUACCAUCUCAUAAAAAAAUGCCAAAGAAAAAUACUGACUUUCUUGAUUUAGGGGCUUUUAGUUUCAUUGCUUAUCUAUGGUAACAACUUAAAGCUUUUCAGAAAUGGAUUUUUUAAUGCGGUCUAUAAAAUAAACCUUUUUUUUCCCCCCCCCUUUCUGUGGAACCUCUACUUACAGAUGGAAGGGAAAUACCUAUUGAAAGUUACUUUAGAAUUGCUAAGGCCAUUUGAGUCAGUUUUUAAAUGCUUCAGAUGAUGGCACUAUCUAUCACUCUUCCCCUUCAGUAAUCCUGGGAUUUUGGUGGUAGAGAGAGCCCUGCUCCUUGUGACCCCAAUUUAAUUUCCUUUCUCCUGUAAUUUAUUUCUUCUCUCUUUGUUGUUGUUGUUGUUGUUGCCUAUAGCCUCCUUCUUUUUUUCUCCUUGGAGGGAGAAAUUGUGACUUUAUUACCCACAGUUAUCCAACAGCUUUCUAAAUGUUUUACUGUCUUGAAAGUUUGCAGCUCCUGAGUUACUGCUGUGAGAAAGAAAAACCUUUUAAUCUCUCUCUUGAGUAGAGCUUACUUUGUUUUGCAGGUAGGAUCCAAACUGUAGGAAAGCAGAGACUUCUCUCAGUCUCUCCAGGACACUUGCCCCAGGCAGGUUGGUUCUCUGUUGAGCUCACCCCAGUUUACUGAUGCUUCACUUCCAAACCAGAUACAAUCAUGUAGGAGUGGUCUCACAAGUGCCAAGGUGGAUUAUCAGCUCACUUGAGCUACUGGCCGGUGUUCUUUCUAAUGCAGCUAAGGAGACUGUCGGCCACAUCCAACUUGCUCUCCACCAAGGCUUCUUGGUCUCUGUCAGAGAGCUGCUUACCAGUCAGUCUGUCUGCUGGAGUGGUGUGACAGUUCUUCCAUAUCACCCACAAAAAAGCAUGAUCCAAGGGUGCGUGUAUACAAGUUUCCUUGAUUUCCUCUCCUGGAUAGGAAGGUCGUGCUGUUAAAGUCGCCUUUUUAUGAGAGUCUUUCUGCUCAUUACUCUUUUUCACUUCUGCAUUUGAAAAGAAAAAGCUUUUCUAGGUUUUGAGAGUGUUGUGAGAAUGAAUGUUUUUGCACAGAGGCCAUCUAUGCAUAGCAUGGAAACAACCAGGAGAAGCUCUGCAACAAAACUCAUUCCUGGGCCUUGAGGAAGGGUCUGACUUAUUCAGGGCAACCUGGUUCCUGCUGGUGAUGGAGCUGGCACAGACAUAGGCCAGUCUGCUGGGCAGGGGCAGGGGUAAGGUGUCCUGAAGGAAUCACUCCUUUGACUGUUUCCUAAACCUGUUCACUUCCACUGAAGGAAGGAGGAGGAGACUAAAAAACAACUAAUUUGCUCAGUCAUUUUAAUCCUCUGUCUUCACCCUGGGUUUUUUUGGAAACUGAGUAUGUGAAGAGAGGAAGGAUAUCCUGGCAUAGCCUCUCAGGCACAAUGUGAGGGAUAGGAGGAAGAACCUCAGAAGCUGGGGGGGAAGGAGGUGAGGAGGAGCUGGAUGAACAAAAAUGACGGAAAGGCAGAGCCGAUGGCUCUACCUCAUACAGGAAUGUGUGAAAUAGUCAUGGGGUGAGAGGGAGAACUGAUGAGGGGACUGAAGGAAAGAUGCUCUGUCACCUUAAAAAUAAGAAUAGUAAAGGCUGCUGAUGCAGUGAGAUAAGCCAGGGCAGUAAGAAUAACAGUUUUACAAGUCUAGUAAAUGGCUUGAGAGUCGUUUAAAGAUGUGUAAAAGUUGUUUGCAGCAUUCUGGCUGUAAGUGACACUGUCUGACUCCAGAUCUGGCACCUUUUGUUGAAUGCCUUUCAGCUUCACCCCUUUAGCACAGAAGAGGAAUAGCUUACAUUUGUUUGAGUAACGUCUUCACCCCUUCCUCUUCUCAGCAGCAGCAAAUUCAGUUCACUAAGAAUUACAGUUAGGCCUUGCUACCGACUUUUUAGACUCCCUUUGCCCAUUACUGUACAAUUAAAGAAGAAAUAUUCUUUCACUCCUUGGAUAAAAUGUUUGAAAGGCAAAAUGAAUAGCUGGUGCUCUUUCUUGAGUCUAUUAGAGCAUCUAUCUGAAAGACGGUAAAGAGAAGCUGUGAAAAGGAGAUCAAAAUGGGUAGGCUAAUAAGUUCUUAGCGGAUCUGUGCUCAGAGACUUUUGGGGUACAGGUGAUAAAGGGAGAAUGAGCACUGCAGAUCUAGCACAAAUUAGCUGUCUUCUUUACUUUGAGCUUCACUGCCUUUAAUGUUCUUGUCUUUGCCUUCCUUCAACUCCACGCAGAUUUUUCUUUUACUUCAGAAGUGCUGUUAUUCCAGUUCUGCUGGAACUAAUCAGAUGUCAUCUCCUGUUUAUUUUGAACAAUGCUGAAAAAUUCUUUGAAAGACUCUUUUCUCUAAUACAAUCUUGAAAAUUAUCUCUGUUUUCAGACAGUAUGCCCUUUUUUGCCUUUGAAAAAUAAUCUUUCCUCUUCCAUCUGUUUAAUACAGGUCAAUUUCUGACAUUUUAUUGUCUCUUUUUUUUUUAAUGCAAAACAGCACGCCAUCAGCAAUACAAUUCUAUAAACACUGAGCAUUGUGAAUGCUGAGGUUGGUAUCUGAGCAUGGAAAACGUACAGGCUGCACAAUAAAGCAGCUGUUCAUAUUCUCAUAUUCUCAGCAACAAAGGUUGACCUGAAACAGAAAAAAAUGCGUCAAGUCCAGAGGGCUUUACAGUCAGACUAUGAAUCUCAAAGUAGGUCAGACUGGCUGAGGGUGUCACUUUAAGCCUUGCUCUCAGAUGGUUUUUAAAAGAACUCAGGAAAGUAGUUUUCCACUCUUUACAUUCUUUUGAGACUAACAGAAAGGACAGGGCUGUCAUUUGAGAUAGAAGCAGAAUGUCUCAAAGAUAAUCCUAUGAGCAGGGUGACUGCUUGUGUGCUAAAAACCACUUCUCUGAUUCUGGGAAAAAAAAAAAAAAAAAA